UAAUCGACGGUGGACUGAAUCUCUCCUUCAUUCCCCCAGGUACAGAAUCCCCAUCCCAUCUCGCUGAAUUUAAAAUACAAACCUAAGAUUAACGCCCAAUUAAGUCAUCAUAAAGGAGGGUGAUCAAUUUAAAUAAUGACGAUUAGCCACCACCCGAGGGGCCAAUGGAUUAUUAUAUGAAAGUCAUCCAGCCAAAAACAGCACUUUCAUCAACUUAACUAAUCCCAAAUGCAUGCAUCCAACCCUCCUCCUCCCCUCCCCUCUCUCUCUAUAUAUAUUCAUCCCCCCCGCAGCUGCCCACUUAAAAACAGAGACAGAAAGAGAGAAAAUUGAUCCAAAUCAAGUUAAGAAAUAAGCCGAAGCCAAGCUAGGGGAAUUGAAACAUAUAUCGAUCGACCGAUGUCUCCUUCUCUCUCCACCACUCCUUCCUCCGCCGCCACCAUCAUAACCACCAACGCAUCGCAGUUACCGGCAAACAAAUCAUCACUCGUCCAAGUUAUCACUAAAUGCACCGUGCUGCCUGACCGGAAAUCGACUGCGGCCGACCUGAAGCUCUCUGUCUCCGACCUUCCCAUGCUUUCAUGCUACUAUAUCCAAAAAGGUCUCUUUUUUUCUCCUCCUCGCAUCCCUAUCCCCCGCCUUUUCUCCCUUCUCACUCGAUCCCUUUCCCGCGCACUCUCUUUCUUCCCCGGCCUCGCCGGCAGACUCACUACCAACCCUGAUGACGGCCGCAUCUUCAUCUCCUGCAACGACGUCGGAGUUGAAUUCGUCCAUGCCGCCGCCCCUUCUCUAUCCCUUCCUCUGCUUCUUCCCCCUGCCCAAGAUGUCCCCAUAGAAGUCCAGUCCUUGUUCGCCCUUAAUGGAGCCGUCAGCUAUGACGGCCAUUUCCGCCCCAUCGCUGCCUUUCAAUUCACCGAGCUCGGGGACGGUGCGCUGUUUAUUGGCUGCACGGCUAACCACGCUGUCGUCGACGGUACCUCGUUUUGGAAUUUCUUCAACGCAUGGGCCGAACUCUGCCGUUCGCCGGACACCAUAACGAUCUCACGGUCCCCAGACUUGCGGCGCAACUUCUUCGGGAAUUCCACGGCUGUGAUCCGUUUCCCCGGAAAAGCUGGACCCGAGGUCACCUUCUCCGUAGGUGCGCCGCUUCGUGAGAGGAUUUUCAGCUUUACAAGCGCGGCCAUUCGUGAGCUCAAAUUGAGAGCAAACCGCCAGGUUAACUACAGCGCGGAGCUGUACGGGAAGCAAAUCCACGACAAGAAAUUGAUUGCGGAGGGAGAGGAGAUCUCGUCUUUCCAGUCUCUGUGCGCGCAGAUGUGGCGGUCGGUGACGCGGGCUAGAAAGCAUCUUCGGCCGGAUGCACCUACGACGUUCCGAAUGGCGGUGAACUGCAGGCACAGGAUUUCGCCGCCAAUUGACAAGUUCUACUUCGGCAACGCGAUACAGAGCCUCCCGACGACGGCAAAUGUUGGGGAGGUGGCCGAAAAAGAGCUCUGCUGGGCUGCGGAGCUUCUUCACCGGAACGUGGCUGCCCACUGGGACGAUAAGAUAAGGAGAGGCGUGGCAGAGUGGGAGGCGGCGCCGCGGUGCUUUCCUUUAGGGAACCCUGACGGCGCGGGCAUCACGAUGGGGAGUUCUCCGCGGUUUCCAAUGUACGAAGGUAACGAUUUCGGGUGGGGGAGUCCGGUUGCGGUGAGAAGCGGCAUGGCCAAUAAAUUCGACGGCAAGUUCUCGGCUUUUCCCGGUAGGUAUGGAGGCGGAAGCGUCGAUGUGGAGGUCUGUCUCGCUCCGGAUACCAUGGCGGCGCUGAUCGAGGAUGAGGAGUUCAUGCACUACGUAUCCAAAGGCUAUGAUGCGGAAGCCGUUAAUGCAAAUUAAUAACAAUAAAACACUUUCAGAGUUGGUCAAUCAAUUUUUGGUUUACAUAAUAAUCUUCUAAUUCACUGGAUUUGAAGGCGUAAAAAAUAAAAAAAAAAAAAGGGGGAGGGGAUAACGGCCCCUGAGAUUUGGAAAUCAUUUAGGAUUUUAUGUACUUUUCUCAAUUUCUUUUAAUUUAACUCGGUUUAGUUUUUAUCA